AUGUUGGAAGCGUUUGAUAUUGAACGAUCCAGGAUGCAAGAUAUCAGUGAUGAUGAGGGAGUGAUGAAAACUGUUUUAAAACCAGGAGCUGGUAAUGUUGUACCUGCACAGUCACUUGUUAGAAUACACUAUAAUCUAUAUUUAGAAGGUAGUGAUGAACCAUUUGAUUCUAGUCGACUACGAGGUGAAAUUUGUAAAUUUAGACUGGGUCAAGGUGCUGUGAUUAUUGGAUUAGAAAUAGCUGUUUCUUCUAUGAAGAAAGGAGAGAAAUCACGCUAUUUGUUCACCCCGGAAUAUGCCUAUGGUAGAAUGGGUUGUGGUGAAAGAAUCCCUGGCAAUUCUACAGUAUUAGCUGAAGUUGAAUUAUUAAGUUUUAUAGAACAAGAAGGUGUUGAUGAUUUCUACAACAUGACAGAGACUGAGAGGAAAGCUGUUAAACUUGAUCAAGUUAUGAAAGUUUGUAAGGCACAUAAAAAUGAUGGUAAAGAUCUUUUUCAAAAUAAACAAUAUCAAAAGUCAUUUACUAGAUAUAAAAAAGUAGAUUUACUAGAAAUGUAUAAUUUAAAGAAUGAACAAGAAGAAGAGGAACAGCAGAAGAUGUUAAAGAAAUUAUAUUUAAAUAUGUCAUUAUGUUGUCUGAAUCUAUGUCAUAGUGGUCGUGCUAUUCUGUAUUGUAAAAGAGUGUUAGAAAUAGAAUUUAAUAAUUGUAAAGCAUUGUUUAGAUAUGGUAAGGCAUUGAGACAGUUACAAGAGUUUGAACGUUCCAGAGCUUACUAUAAAGAAGCACAGAAACUAGAACCCCAUAAUAAAGAAAUCAGUCAGGCACUUGUUGAAUUAGAGAAGUGA